AGGAGCCACAGUCUGAGUACUGAAGUCAUUAUUGCUUGGAGUCUAUAAAAAGGCACUUGCACAGUAAGUAAUUUAUACGUGGUCAGCUUUGACUCUAUGGAUUUACUCAUUUCUUUUCUUCUAUUUCUGUCAUCUAUUCCAACCAAGGAGUCCCCAGCCCCAGAUGUUGGGUGAGAAGGGGAGCUGAAACUUCUGCUCUCUGGAGGAAAGGUUGCAGGCGAUGAAGAAGAAGAGCAGCUAAAGCAGCAGCUCUGGUAAAUAGGGUCUUUUGCCUUUUGGAAAAUGCAUUUACCACACUCCUUGGCAAGUCCCUCAGAAAGAACAGAACGUGUUUGCUUCCAGAGAUGAACACGUCUUCUGAACUGUAUGUUUCUGAACUAAACCUGAGUGCCUUUGGUAGCAACUUUACUGUGCCUACUGUCAAGAGCAAGUCAUCACCAUGUGAACAAGUGGUUAUUGCUGCUGAGGUGUUCCUAACUCUGGGCAUUGUAAGCCUCCUUGAAAAUAUCUUAGUUAUAUGUGCAAUAAUUAAGAACAAGAACUUGCAUUCACCCAUGUAUUUUUUUGUUUGCAGUUUAGCAGUGGCUGACAUGCUGGUUAGUGUGUCUAAUGCUUGGGAGACCAUAACAAUAUACUUAAUAAACAACAGACACAUUAUUAUAGAAGAUGCCUUUGUUCGUCAUAUAGACAAUGUCUUUGAUUCAAUGAUCUGCAUAUCUGUGGUGGCUUCCAUGUGCAGUUUGCUGGCUAUAGCAGUAGACAGAUACAUCACUAUCUUCUAUGCCCUGCGUUAUCACAACAUCAUGACAGUGAAAAGAUCAGGGCUUAUUAUUGCAUGCAUCUGGACCUUUUGCACAGGCUGUGGCAUUAUCUUCAUUCUUUAUUAUGAAUCAACUUAUGUGAUCAUUUGUCUCAUCACUAUGUUUUUUACCAUGUUGUUCCUCAUGGUCUCACUCUACAUCCAUAUGUUCCUCCUGGCUCGUACUCACGUGAAGAAAAUAGCUGCUUUGCCUGGGUACAACUCUGUGCGUCAAAGAACCAGCAUGAAAGGAGCCAUCACUCUGACUAUGCUCCUUGGCAUCUUCAUUGUUUGUUGGGCUCCAUUCUUCCUUCAUCUCAUCCUGAUGAUCUCCUGCCCUCAAAACCUCUACUGUGUUUGCUUCAUGUCUCACUUCAACAUGUACCUCAUUCUCAUUAUGUGCAACUCAGUGAUUGAUCCUUUGAUCUAUGCCUUUCGUAGCCAGGAAAUGAGGAAGACCUUCAAAGAGAUAAUUUGUUGUUAUAGCCUGAGGAUGCUCUGUGGGUUAUUGAACAAGUAUUAAGAAAACAAAACCAAACCAGGAGAGACAAUGAAAAUUCAACGUCUUGCCGCAUCUUGUAAUUCUGCUGAAAUGCCUAUGGAAUAUCUCCAUAAUAUCUCCAUUCAGCUGUCAUGAUUUCUGUGGCAAUCAGAAACCAUUUUUUAAUGUGUUUUUUUUUGCCUUUCUUUCCCUCCACUCGCCUCUUUCACACUGGUGGCAGGAGCUACCCAGUGCCCCUGUAAUAUGGGGAGAAAGAAUAUUUUGAAUCUCAUUUACCCUACUGAAGACUGGAUCUUUUAAGAGGAUUGUGCAGGGAAAGCCUUGUUUUAUUUUCUGCUAAAUGCAGUGAGUGUGACCUGCUAUGCAAAUGACCCCAUUCACUUCUCAGUGUGUUUCUCUGAUGCUCUGUCUUUCUAGAUACAACAUGGUUUAUUUUGAUGCCCAGAAUUAACAGGUUUUUUUGCUAUUUCCUUCUGAAGACUGAAAAUCUGAGAAGUAGCUCCAAUUAUCAGAGUUUACAUACCUUGCUCAACAGUUAUGACCGAUAUAUAUGCACAUACCAGCAAUCUUGUAUUCCAGUCAUGAUUGUAACUGUCAUAAAAUAUGUAUUGUUUAAGAGAACAGUGUUACCAUGAGGUUCCUGGUUGAUACAUUGCUUUGUCAUAUCUGACUAUAUGUAUUCUUAUCACUGUGGGGUGAGAUGUACCACAGGUGAAUUUUAAGGCUGCAUAUGAAGGCUGGACAGAUUCUAGUUUCUCUGUUUUCUUUAUUCACCACAGCUAGGGGAGUAAAGGGUACAUGGCCUCUACACAGUCAUGUAAUGUUUUCUGGAGAUGGAAAGAUUGGGUGAGUGGCUGCUUUUAUACAGACAUUAGAAAAGCAUUUCAGCUGAGUAGCUUUUCUUAUUGGAGGAAGCUGUACUGCAGAUUGCAUUUUUCAAGCUGGGAGAGACAAAACAAGUUUGAUGAUCAGAAGGCAUAGCAGGCAAAAUAGGAAUUUCAGAACCUCAGGCACAUGUAGCUAUAACAGAGUCUUGACUUUUGCUCCUCAAACAAACAUUUUUUGCCUUUGUUGAUGUGAUUCCAAUGUGAAAUCCUCAUGAUUUUAUGUAAUUUGCAUGUAGCCAUACUCUCAUAAACAUGCUGUUUUGCAAUAGCUGUGUAAUGUACAAAAUACUUGAUUUAUCACAGAUGAAGGAAGUGCAAAUAUGGCAUUGAUUACUUAAUGCCACUGUACGGUACAUAUCUUGCACUGAAAUAUAAGCUAUGAAAAUAUUUCAAGCAGUGGUUCCCUAUUGACUAGAUAUUAGAAAAUUGCUUGGAAUGAUGUAUUAUUUCUUCUGAAAAGCUGAAAGAAUACCCCUUGUUUUUCAACCCUUGGUUUAGGGAUGCUCUAAAACUGUUGUUAAUAGAAGGACUAUGACUGAUUCAGUGAGGCUCAGGCUAUACCUUCAAGGUAGAAGUUCCGAUCAGGCAUUAGGAAAAUUUUUUACCAUAAGAGUGGUCAAAUGUGGGUACAGGUGCCCAGUGGUUGUGCAGUCUCCAUCCUCAGAGAUAUUCAGAACUUGACUGAAUACAGUCCUGAGCAAUCUGUUCCAAGUUAAAAGCUGACUCUGACUUUGAAGUUGGCCCUGUUUUGAACAAUAGAUAACGCACAGGUCCUUUCCAACCCAAGCUUUUCUGUAAUUCUAAGAAACAGUUUGUAUAUUAUAAUUAUCAUUUUCAUCCCACCUAAUAUUAUCUCUUUUGUAAGAAGAAUUGCAAGAUCUUCUCCUCCACACAUUUAGGAAGAUAACAUACUUUAUGUCUUCAUUUGCUUUAGAGGUUUCUGGCAGUAUAAGUAAGGUGCAUAUUUAGCGGUAGAGUUGUAUCUUUUGUCUGCUGCACCUUAAAGUAUAUACCACCUCCAGCUCACACAUAUCUCCUUCAGACAUGAGUAGAAAUGUUGUUCUCAGUGGAGACACCAUAUUAUGUUGAGUGUAAAUAUAAAGGUUAUAUCAGUACACUAAGAGCUGGAAUCUUCCUUCAGCUAUGCCUAAAAAUUGGAUUUUAGGUAUGUGUGUGGUCAGUAGUGAGAAUCUUGCCCUGUUUCAGUACACUUCCUAACCCUAUCCAUAUAUAGCACCCAAGAGUGGGCUUUUCCUACUAUGAAUGUCAAUAGCAAAAGGAGAUGGUUCAAUUGUGUAGUGAAAGGCAGCAGCUGAUGUAAAUAAAUCAUGAAAUCUUCACUGGGUAUUGCAAAUAAGAUGGUCUUGUACAUAAUUGUAAAUCAACAAAAAGGAAGCCAAAACUGUAAUAGCUUCGGGUAUUUUCUUGAAUUGUACAUUACCUUUUUUUUUUGUUGGAAGUUUAUUUGACUAAUAAACACAGACAUAUGAAGAAACUAUUAAACUGGAUUGCUGGAAAACCCAA